UCCACGCCAACCCAUCCUGUCGUCGCCGCUGCCGGCUGGACCUCCUUGAGUCCUUGUCGACCACUGGACUGGAUCAGUUAGUUUCAGCCUUCAGGCUUCCAGCGAUGUGUUCCUGCGCCUGCGCGCGCCUCCUCCCCCCGCUCUUCAGCCCCGCUCCAAGCCCCAAUCUCAGACCCGCCUUCCCGCACAGCCCGACGCCAGCCCGCAGCCGCGCCGUCGUCGCGCUCGCGGGCGCAGCCUCCCGGGACGACGCGCCUGCGCCGUUGUCCAGCUUCGACUUCCUCGCACUGAAGCGGGAGCUUGAUGAGGAGGAGGAGGCAGUGGUGGCUGUGGAUGCGAAGGAAGGUGCUGGAGCUGUCAAUGAGGACGAUGGAGAGUUGGGGGCGGAAUGGAGUGCGGGUGGUACGAGGAGACGGCGGCGGAGGCAGAUGGCGAGGCGAUCGGCUCUGCUUGCGAAGCAGUGGGCUGUUGCAUUGGUUGAAGUGAAGCCAAGCUUACUUUCAGGUGAAGCGGAGAAAUUCCUUUUUGAGGACAUAUAUCAGGUUGGAGACGUGGUGCUUGUUGCGAAUGAAUCUGUGAUCGAUAAUGAACAUAAACUGGUUGGAUUGCACAGCUUGGUGGGCUACAAUGUCGUAACUUCCCGGCGACGCAAUGUUGGCAAGGUGCGUGGUUUCACAUUUGACAUCAGCUCAGGUGCUAUGGAGUCUCUCGAGCUUGACUCUUUUGGGCUUUCGAUUGUCCCUUCUAGCUUGGUAAGCACGUACUGUUUAUUUGUCGAAGACGUGCUGGAUAUAGUCUCCGAUACAGUCGUGGUGCAUGAAGACGCCGUCUCACGGGUUCAACGGUUAACACAGGGCAUUUUGGGCACUCAAAACAUCCACGGACCUGGUGGUGAGAUUGACGAGUACGGUAGAUUUGGGGGGAGGGGGAGGAGGAGGAGAGCAAAUGGCCAGGGAAAGUCUGGUGGCCGAGAACUCCGCAGCGAACCGAAGCAUCCGGAUGAUGAAUGGGAGCUGCCGAUGGACUACUGACACAAACUCGCCAUGAUAGCAUUCUGUUUAGUGCUAUUGUAUUGCCAGAAAAGUACAUGCUUUGUACAUAUAACAUACCAGAGGAUUGCGAAUUCAGAAAAGACGAAAGGCCCUUUCAGCCUUGUCAGAGUUUGAUCGCUUUGGCCCGGGUGGGUUAGUAUAAAAAGCGAGAUUGUGUUGCCAUGCAA